UGCAAGCGGACUUCCAGCAGCACAUUCACAGCUCCACUGAACUUGCUGCCUUUUUUCUCUCUGACAGAAGAAAAGAAGACACAUACACCUCCGUGGGAGAGCUGGGAUAAAGACGUGCCUUCAGUCUUGGAGUAGCGCUGUCACACACACUGAUAUACAAAUACGCAUUUAGACAAAUACACAGGCACAGUCAGGGAGCCACCACACACAUAAUCCCACAAACUGACACACUCACUUCUAACACAUACACAGGGGAGCAAACAGUCUCUCUCUCCUCCUUGCUCGCUCAGCUGCUCUCUCUCCCUAUCUCUCUCUCUCUCUCUCCCUCUCUCUCUCUCUCUCUCUCUCCCUCCCAUCCACACACACACACUUACACACACUUACACACACACACACAAACACGCACACACACAGCACUACAGUAUAUCAGCGAGUGACUAGCGGAGAGCCAGAGGGGAGUGCAGAAAUGAAUGUGAAGAUCCUGACGCUGGUGAUUGUGCUCUUGGUGUCUCUGCUGUGUUCUGCCAGUGCUGGUCCCAUGGCCUCCACGGAGCAUGGCAGAGAGCUGGAAGAUGCGCCUACGAUGAGAAAAAUGGUCCAGCAAAACCCUGCAAGGGGCGGUCAGACCCACAGACCAGCCGGCUGGAAGAGGAGACGCCCACGACCACGUCUUUCCCACAAGGGGCCCAUGCCGUUCUAGAGCAAGGCAUUGCUUUGAGCGCCCUCCCCCAGGUUCUGAUUUCUAUGCUCUUCCUUUGCCUUGGGGGGCCUUGCAACGAAGGGCCUACGCUCGCCCAGCCUGAAGAGUGAUGUCCAUAGCACCUGCUGGUUCUUCAAGCAACUCUGUCCACAAAAAAAAUCAGGACAAGCCGCUCACCCUCAGCUCUAGGAGGAAAUGGGGG